AUGGACUCUGAGUAUAUAAAACGUCAUCUGGGUAAAUGUCUGGCAGACGGACUAGCUGAAGUGGCGGAGCAGCGUCCAGUUAACCCCAUCCUGUACCUCGCCCACUGGCUCUACAAAUACAACUCUAAUGUUCAACAAGAGGCAGAAAAAAAGGCUGAUUUGGCACUCCUGCAGCAGGAGCAGGCCAAAGCCAGAGAGGAGGCGCUGCACCAGGAGAAGCUGAGGGAGGAGCAGCGCAAGAUCAGUGAGGCCUUGGAGGAGAAUAAAAAAAUCUCUGAGAGGGAUGAUGCACCCACGUCAGCCACAACAGGAGCUGCCGAGGACAACAAACCUGCAACAGAGCAGAAGUCAAACACCCCCGACCCAGAAAAGCAGCAAGACACAGACGAACACAAAACUGAAGCUCAAGAAAACGUGGCUGCACAGGAGGUUACAGGUAAUGUGACCAGUCCAGAGUCUCCUGAGAAUAACACAGAGGCCAGCAGAUCUUCCCUCUCCGAGGCCGAGGAGCCUAGGAGCGUUCAAGUAAUAGAGAAAACGGAGGUGGAGCCGAGGAGCGUUCAAGAAGAGGAGAAAAUGGAGGAGGAGCCACAGAGUAAUCAUGCAGAAGAGAAAAGGGCAAACACUAAUCAAAUAGAGGAGAAAGACGUUGACCAAGAUGUAAAGGUGCUUGAUGAAGCUGACACAGCUGAAUCUGAGCAGACUGAACCAUUACAUUUGACUCCAAGACGAGAUGCUGACAACUUAAAAACAGACAAAACUGAAGAGCUACAUGAAAAACAAAGCCCCCGAUCAACUGACCCUCAAGACACAGCGAAGGUUGAUGAAGAUGAAACUGGUAAGUUGGAAUCAGCACCACCGAGUGACGAUCUAAAACCAGAGGAGACAGUUUCUACUGAAGAAACUGAACAGGAGACACACAAGUCUCGCUUAACACCUCUUCAGGACCAACAAAAGGAGGCAGACGGGCAACGCACAAGUGAGCCCACAGAUAGCUCGGCUCCAGCUGACAGUGAUGUAAAAGCAGAGGGGGAUGUGUCGAGCGAAAGACCCGAGACUUCACAAGAGGAACCUGAAAACUCUCCUCCUGACACGGAGGACGUCCAGGAGAAGACAGACGCUGUAGAUUAA